GGCAACAGAAGGUAGGCCUUACACCUCAAUGCCGGUAAAAGGUGCAUUCUGAUCCAAUAUCCACGGGUUUAAUGUGAAAUCUGCAUCUCAAGGAGAAAAUCGCUAGAUUCUACUCAUUGACAGAGGCAUUGUCUUGACAUAGCAGGAUAAAAACAUGAAGCCCGAGAGCUGUUUUCUAGAAGGAUCUUAUACAAGAAAGUUCAAGGCUUUAUACAUUGGAUUCUUGACAAUCUUAAUUUCCACGAUCUUCUUCCUGGUGUCAUACAGAGCACAAAUCGAACCUCUUGAAACACUCAGACCCCCCAAGAUAAAGGAAUACUCUCCCAACAGUCCAUUAUUCAUUCCUCAGAGCACAGUUAACAGAACAUUCCCUACACCUGCUGAUUACAAGAAGGAGACAGCCAGAAUAAGUCAUAACGGGACCAGGGCUGACGAUUCGUAUCUGAUAGAUCUGAUACGUAGAUACUGGAUCAGACCCCCACCCACAGGGCCGUACAGAUUCAAGGCCAGAAAAACAGAUUAUUCCACCCACGGACAGUCAGUCAUCAUCGACAAGGCAUUAAAAAAUAAAGAAGGUGGAUUUUAUGUGGAGUGUGGAGCUUGUGAUGGAGAAUUCCAAUCAAACACUCUCUACCUUGAGCUGAAGAGGAAGUGGACAGGGUUAUUAAUAGAACCCAAUAGGAAUAACUACAGACAACUUCUGAAGACCAACAGAAAGGCAUACUAUAUCAAUGCUUGUCUCAGCCCCUUUAAGCACCCUGCCGUGUUGAAGUUCAAAGAGGACUGGGCCAUUGGACAUUUAGAAAAAACUUCAGGAACAAAAACCAUCCAAGUACAGUGUUUUCCAUUCUAUUCUAUUCUGUUGGCCUUAAACAUCAAGCACAUUGAUGUAUUCAGUUUAGAUGUAGAAGGAGCAGAGGUUUCCAUUUUAGACACGGUGCCAUUUAACAAGGUGGAUAUAAGCGUAAUGAACGUAGAGUAUCAGCAUGUCACAGGAGGAGCUGAUUUUCUGGAGAAGUACUUAGUGGACAAAGGUUAUGUCACUGUCAAGAAAGUGUUCAGGGACCUCAUAGUUAAAAAGAAAGAACUGGAUUGAAUUUUUUAAAACUUAUAAAUCAUUUUUAAUAAAAAUAAAUCAGUACAUGUAACAAUACAUGUUACUAAGUGGUAGUUAACAGCAUUCAACAUAUGGAACACAUUAAAUGAAAGAUACAUCUGAACUUGGAUUAGAAUCUUAAACAACAAACAUCAUAAUGAUUAUGAAGAAAUCAGAUUCAAUCUUUGAUUUCAAGAUUUGGCAUGAGGUUUUAAUGUACAGUGUAUCAGAAAAAUUGUUGUCCAGUUUAGUUUUUUUCGUGUACAUGCAAUCUUUUCCACAUUUUGAUCGAGGAUUAUGUGCUUCUAAUAAAAUCAGAAAUGGGGUGAU